AUGGACAAAUACAAAGUAACUUCAUUACAAGAAGAAAGAGGUAAAAAUCGAAUACCAUACUCUUACUGGGAAGAUACUCUAUACUUGAAAGAUACUCCACACUCUCGUCAAGAAAAUAUUUUAUUAAAUAGAAAUAGAAGCCAAACUCCAUACUUUCAAUUAAGCAGGAAUAGAAGUCGAACUCCAUAUUCUCGUCAAGAAGAUACUUUGUUAAGCAGAAACAGAAGUCAAACUCAAUAUUCUCCAUUAAAUAGAAGCGCAAGUCAAACUCGAGAAGAUAUUUCGUUAAGAAGAAAUAGAACUACAAGUCCUAUUAUAAACAUAUUGGCUGACAAAGUUUGUGCACUUGGUGAAGAAUG